AAUAGCCAUCGGGGCCAUGUGACAAUUACCCAAUGGGGAAGCCUUUGGAAGAGUAGGCUUGUUUGUUAGAACAUGCUGUCAUGGCGGGCUGUUUGACAGAGGAGCAGCUAGCGAGGAGAAUUCUUGAUCAACUGAAGGAGAAUGGAUGUCCAUUUGUGGAAGGACUGUACCUGAAUGAUGCUAAAACCAUUUUAGAAAUGCUCUGCACGCCUUCAGAUUAUCGGCUGGAAAUACUGGAGUGGAUAUGCUCAAGGAUAUAUCCAUCGUCACGUCAGUUCCUGAACACAAAGGAGUCCCUAGACACCAGAAUAAAAGAGAUGGUCAAGCUUGGCUACUGCUUAACAUUGUGCCUUGCCGAUGAUGUGGAACUUAUUAAGGGGUUGGCUAGUCCACAGAGGCAGCUGACAUUCAUGGACCAGUUACUGAGCGUCUUAAAAAGGGAUAGUAUCAGUGCUGGGGAACAGGUUCGAAGGACUGAAGAAAUGUUGCAAGACUUAUGCACUAGCCAACAUUUGCAGGACUUUUUGAAUCCAGAAUUAACUCCUUGGCCACCAGAUAUAAAGUGUUUUCUGGCAAGAGAGACUCCACACUUUUUGGCCAAAGAAGAAUUGCUUCAGAAAAGGGGUUGUACCGCUGAGGUAGUUUCUGAAGAGAAUAAUUUACAACACAUUUUAGAAGCACUUAGAAAAGUGGAUGCAGACAUCAAAAAAGUCAGGGAAGAGUGUGUAUUCCUCCGUGAUGAGAAGAACAGUGGUGACAUAACUUGUCAGACGCUUAGAGUGGCUGUUUCUGAUUUGCAACACCUAAUUCUUGGGUUUAGGCAGGUCUUCAAGAGUGAGUUUUCUGAGCAUUGUUCUAGAUCUACACCCUUGAUCAGUAAUUCUGGACCACUUUUUCAGUCUAUACAUCAUCUUCUGACAUCAUGUUCGGAGGAACUGCAAGCAAUUGCCAUGGUUAAUCAGACAUCUGAAAAGAUUGUGCAAGUGGUCACAAGGCAACAACAGCAGCAGCAGUCCUGGGGUAGCAACAGAAUGACUACUUUACCUGCUAAGGUUGAAGAGCUAAGAAGAAGGUAUGAAGAGCGUCAGGCUUUGUACUUGAAGUUUAAGGACAGAAAACUGGAUCAGAGCCACACCAUGUAAACAUGUGAAAGGAGUCAUGGCUGCAUUUCACUGAUAACACUCUUCCUAGACACAGUGGAUUGCUUAUGCUGCUACUUUGUAGUUCCACGUAAGAAAGGGGCCCAGAUCUUUUAAAGAGAUGUGAUUUUUUGGAUUUGAAGAUUGUUGCUCACUGCGGACCAGAAAGUUUUUAUUCAAGUAUUUUCAAAGAGUUUUGGGGACACUCAAGGUCAAGUGCACCAAGUUUUGGCCCAGCUGUGAUAUUGUGUAUUCAAUUUGUAUUUUGUCUGCAAUAAAAUGCAACUAAUAUGCUGUGUAGUGUUUUAAACAUAUCAAAAAUGCAGACUUGCUUCCAAGUGACUAUUAGUUGGCUGUUUGUACAGCCUGUACGUGGGCAAGGCUGGAAAAAAAACCUUGAUUAACUUGAGUCAUGAUGUAUACAAGUGUGCAAAUAGAGCAGAACAUGAGAGCACUAGGCUAGGCGAGCUGUCCUAGAGAUGAGUGAUUCCAUGGUAGCACUGUUGGAAGAUGUACACAAGCUGAAAUGUGGAAAUUGGUGACUCAAAGAAUUGUUUAGAGGAAGCAAGCCACAAUAAUGUGUUUUCAGGCUUUACCCACUGCAUAUUAGUUUAUUCAAAUUCCACCACAUCAGAGAAGAUGCUUCCCCUGGUAAUUCUACCAGGAAAAUAGUAGGUAAGACCUAUUGUAUGCGAGUUCCACAACUUCAGAGAAAAUGCCUUCCAUAAUACUACCACCAGCAAAGUAGUUUGUAAGGGCUUGUUAUCUUUAUAGUCUCAUUAUAGCUGUGGAAUACAUGCAAGGAAAACUGCAAACACUGAAAACUAUUGGUGGUAAAUGAAACUAAACUUUUACAAUGUUGAACAGAGUUGGAGAAUGAAAACUGAGCUGAAUUUUCAAGUACCGAGAAACUGUGGAAUACAAAAUUCAGAAAAGUUGAAAACAAAUAUGAACUGAGACAGUUGUAAUCUUUCUCUUUUUAAAUAUAAUUAAAACAGUGGUCAUUCAUUUUAAAUGUAAAUAAUUGUAAUU